ACUCGCAUUUUUGGUUGCAGAGAGUGAAAAUGCUAUCCACACUCCAACCUCCGCGCUCACUCUCUCACUUCCGCACUAAACCCCUCCUCCUCCGCCGCCACACCUCCCUUAAACCCCUCUCCUCCUUAUCCUCACAGCCCGUCACCCACUCCACCCUCACAGACCAAUCCCAAUCCCAAAUCCUCUCCACCCGCGACUCCCUCCUCUCGCGCCAAAUCACCGCCGCCGAGCUCGCCGAGUCCUUCCUCGCCCGCCUCCGCCGCACCGAGCCCCACCUCCGCUCCUUCCUCCACGUCUCCGACGCCGUCCUCACCCAGGCCCGCGACCUCGACGACAAGCUUCGCCGGAAUGAGGAGGUGGGACCCUUGGCCGGGGUCCUUGUGGCGGUGAAGGAUAACAUAUGUACGGCGGAGAUGCCGUCCACGGCGGGGUCCAGGGUUUUGGAGGGCUAUACGCCGCCGUAUGAUGCCACCGCCGUCAGGAAGAUCAAGGAGUUGGGUGGGAUUGUGGUGGGCAAGACCAAUUUGGAUGAGUUUGGGAUGGGUAGCACCACCGAAGGCUCCGCCUUUCAGGUGACUGCAAACCCAUGGGACACGACACGGGUGCCAGGAGGGUCAUCAGGAGGCUCAGCUGCAGCUGUAUCUGCUAGGCAGAGUAUGGUAUCGUUGGGAAGUGAUACUGGUGGAAGUGUGAGGCAGCCAGCAUCGUUUUGUGGUGUUGUUGGGUUGAAGCCCACGUAUGGGCGCGUAUCGAGGUUUGGACUUAUGGCAUAUGCGUCAUCUCUUGAUGUUAUUGGCUGCUUUGGAACAUCUGUUGCUGAUGCUGGGAUUCUUCUUCAUGCAAUUUCUGGUCAUGAUAGACUUGAUGCUACCAGCAGCAAGCGUGAGGUUCCUGACCUUGCAUCUCAAUUUGUUUCCAUUAGUUUGCUACAGUCUAAACCUCUGAAAGGACUAAAAAUUGGUCUGAUCCGUGAAACUCUCGAUGAUGGUGUUGAUAUUGGAGUAACUUCUGCAAUUCGUACUGCUGCACUGCAUCUUGAAGAAUUAGGAUGCUCCGUAACAGAGGUCUCAUUACCAUCUUUCUCACUUGGAUUGCCAGCCUACUAUGUCAUUGCUUCAUCCGAGUCAUCUUCGAACUUAUCGCGUUAUGAUGGUCUCAGGUAUGGAAACCAAGUUGCUGCUGAUGAGCUGAACUCGCAAUACAUGGACUCCCGCGCCAAGGGAUUUGGUUCUGAGGUCAAAAGGAGAAUUCUGACCGGAACAUAUGCCCUUUCAGCUGGUUAUUAUGAUGCAUAUUAUAAACGCGCCCAGCAGGUGAGGACGAUAAUUCGGAAAAGCUUCAAGGCGGCACUGGACGAACAUGACAUAUUAAUCUCACCUGCUGCUCCAUCUGCUGCGUAUAAGAUUGGUGAAAAGAAAAAUGAUCCGUUAGCAAUGUAUGCGGGCGACAUAAUGACGGUUAAUGUUAACUUGGCAGGUCUACCUGCAUUGGUUCUGCCAUGUGGAUAUGCCGAAGGGGGGUCAGCAGGCCUUCCAGUUGGUCUUCAAAUGAUUGGUGCAGCAUUCGAUGAGGAAAAGUUGCUUGGAGUGGGUCACAUCUUUGAGCAGACCCUUCAAAAUUGCAGAUUUGUACCUCCAUUGAUAGCAGAUGAGGAUAAACCAUGCUAGCUACCAGAAUUGAUGGUUGGAUGUGCUGAUUGAAAAGAUGAUUUUGAAUCAAUGUAAUCUAUCACAAACAAUUAGUUCAGUUAGAUUUGAGCAAAUCAGAUUACAAAUUUGUUUCCACUCUCCGAUUCGAACCUGAGAAGGUGCUUUAAGUCAACGAACUAUUCGAGGAUUGGAUAGAGGCAGUGCAAUAUAAUGUUUAACUUCUAUAAAUUACCAGCUGUUUAUCUUGCCUAAAUUUUGUGA